AUGGAUGAAAUAAGUGAAUCCGAGUCGCAGGGACGAAAUUCGAAGGUGGACGAAGAUGGGUCUACCAUUCCGGCCGUUAUAACUGACGAAUAUUUCGAAGAAAUUGCAUGCAAAUGCAGAGCAACAGUGCGAAGUUUGUUGAUGAGUCUAAAUACCGUUGCGGCCGAUGAAAUGCAAACGAUUCUCACCGUUGCCGAGCACUUACGUUCUAAUUUGGAGAACGAAAUGGAGCGCAUGAAACAGGCACAGAAGCAAUAUGAUGAAUUGCUUGCACGACAUGACGAAACGUUGAAACUAUGGGCAACGGACAAAGAAAAAAUUCGCAAACAACGUGACGAAAUUGACCAAGCAUGGCGUGAACGAGACGCAGCACUUUUACGAGAUCAAAUGGCCCAGGCUCAAAUGUAUUCAAUGCGAGAGAAACUGGAAUCCGUUGAAAGUGCCGUGAAGAAUGUCAAUAAAAAUACAAGAGACGAACUUGGAAUGUCGUUAACGAAGCAAAAGGAGAGUUUGAUACGUGAUCGUGACCGAUUGUCAGCCGAAGUGGACGAUUUGGAUAAAAAACUACAGCAACAGCGUGUACAAAUCGAAGCGGCGGAGAAGAAGCGUACGGAAUAUGAAGAAAAAUGCCGCGAAUUAUACAAAUUACUGGAUGAAGCAUCCAGUGAAGCGUUCAAAGAAAAACGAGCCUUGGACCAAAUGCGUGUGACCUUGAACGAUGUUACCAAUGAACGGAAUUCCUUGAGCGAACAAUUGAAAUUCUUCAAAUCUCAGAGUGAGACAUUCCAGACCAAUAAUGUGCAAUUAAAUUUAAAAGUCGGUGCAAUCAAAGCGAAUUUGUUGCGUAUGACGUCACAGUACAAUGUGUGUAACGGUAAAUUGACGAAGGCACUAUUGGAUUUGGAAGAAAUGACGUCAAAGUGUGAUCAACUCCAAAUUGAUCUGCUUCACCAGCAAAACGUGGCCAAACAAAGAGAGGCCGAACUAAUGCGUUUGGCCCGUGAUAAUGGGCAAAUGAUGAAAAUACGCGACGCCGUUCAAAAGCGUAUUCAAACGCUUGAAGCGGAAAAAACGGAUUUGGUCAAAGAGGUCACCAAAUUAAGCAACUCCAUUGUCAUACUCGAAAAACAGCACGAAAUUAAUCAGAAGGCAUUUGAUAAGAUACAAAAAUUAUACGACGAACUUCUGCGCGAACGUGAUGCAAUUCAGAAAGAGCUUAAGAAAGCGGAAAAAACGGUCGAGAAUCAAGUUGGUGUCAUUAAAUUACACGAACAACGAUGUCAAAGUCUUGAAAAUGAAGUGAAAACUUUGACCACUGCCCUUGAAUAUCAUAAGAAAAAAAUGAGCACACUUAAGCGCGAACGUGAUAGAGAUGUUAGUAAAUCUCUGGUGAAAAACGAUAAAAUGGAUGCAAACCAAUCCGAAUUGACCAUUAAAAUGAAAGCAAUUGCUGAUCUGACCUGGGAUUUGAAUCAGACACAAACCAAAUUAACACAUACCCAGCAACAAUUAGAAACGAUGAUGGCCGAACGAAUAUCACUCCAGAAAAAUCUCGAUGCAAUUACCGAUGACCGAAACGAUGUGCGCGAAAAACUUCGGAUUGCAAUAGCCGAGCAGAAAAAAUUGAAGCAAACGAUUGCGGCCAAAGAUAUGGAAACGGUACGAAGUCAAAAACAAAUUGACCGAAUUGAAAAAGAGAAAAGCACGUUAAAAAUUGAAUUGCAAAAUGCCAUGGUUGCGGUGCAGCAUUCCCGAACGGAGCUCGCUGAAAAGGAACAUGAGUGCCGGAAUUUGUAUCGUGCCUUGUCCGAUGAAGAGAAAAAACGCGCUCAAAUGGAGAAAAAAGUCGAAUCAAUGCAAAAUGAAAAGGAUCUUCUGAGCGCUGAACUCGUGAAAAAGAACGAUGAAAUUAGCGAAUGGGAGGCUAAGCGUGAACUGAUGAUUGUUGCACUGGAUCGGGGCGAACGACAGUAUAUGGAACGUCUGGAAGAUAUUCGGCUUCUAAAAAUUGAAGUAAAGAAUAUGCGCCAUCGAAAUCAGCUAUUAAUCCGUGGCCUGUGCAACACAAUUGAUAUGCGGCAUGAAGUGUUGCAAUUGCAUCGCGAUUUGAAUCAGGAGCGUGUGAAAUCGAGAGCGCUCGAAGAUGAACUGGGCACACCAUUAAAUAUUCACCGAUGGCGAAAACUCACGGGCAAAGAUCCAGAACGAAUGGACUUAAUCGUUAAAAUACAAACGCUCCAAAAGCGCAUUUUAUUCCAGACCCGUUGUUGCGUUGAAAAGGAAAAGGCUCUGCGCCAUACAAACUUCGUGUACAACGCGCUCAAGUCGGCCAUGCAACAAUUUUCCGAUGUUGACAAAGUGAAGCAACAACUUUGUUAUACACGACGCUCUCUGACUGCAAAAACACGUAAAAUUAAAGCGCUGUCAGCCGAAGCGAACAUUAAAGACCAAGAGAUUAGGCUCAAAGACACGAGCCUCAAACAACUUCGCGACGAUCUCAUGAAUAAAAAACAGCAAUUGUUGUGCGAAAAACGUGACAAACAAAAAUUGAAAACACAACUUGACACAAUAAAAAAUCAAAUAAACAGUGACUUCUUCGAUCGUCCGAUGAGUAAUCCGGUGUACAAAACAGCCGGUGCGGGUUUUCGUAUACUCAGCACCACCAGCGAAUGA